CGACGUCCUGACAUCUAAGCCCCGCCCACGCUGUACUUGUGUUUAAUGCUAAUCGACCUUUUACUCCCGUAUUUUAGCAAAACCUAAACUGUUGUUUAUUACAAAAUGACAGGGUUGUUUAUUAACUCGCAUUCGUAUUCUGUGAUUACAGUCAGGUAGGUGGUGCGUGUUUAAUAUGUCAGCUGUAGGGUUAGUUAUUGCCUUAGCAGUGGGUGAAAUGGGCUCAAAGUGCAACCUGUGAUUAAACAGAGCGUAAUUGAGUUUUGCAGGCUGUCAAUGCGUCUGUUUACAGCACUGAGAGAGCGAAAGCCUUCUCUUGCAGCGGGUCUGCUGGCUUUGAGAUCGAAAGCAGUGCUAGGACAGACCAGGAUGUCAUCGUCAUCAUCACUUCCUGUGGCCGCCGUUUGUCAGAUGACCGCCACCCCUGACAAAGAGGCCAACUUUAGCUCUUGCAGGCGAUUGGUGGAGCAGGCCAAAGAGGGCGGGGCCUGUAUGGUGUUCCUGCCGGAGGGCUUUGAUUACAUCGGUUCAAACCGCGAGGAGACGCUGGAGCUGUCCGAGAGUCUGGACGGUGACGUCAUCAGCCGGUACUCUCACCUGGCCAGGAAGCUGGACAUGUGGCUGUCUCUGGGUGGAUUUCAUGAGAGAGGUCACGACUGGAAAACAGACCGCCGCAUUUAUAACAGCCAUAUUAUCAUUAAUGGACAAGGUGAGAUGGUGUCUGUGUACAGGAAGACUCAUUUGUUUGAUGUGGAGUUGACGAGUAAAGGAGUGUCUCUGAAAGAAAGCGCUUUCACCAUCCCCGGACCUCGACUGGUGCCUCCCGUCCAGACGCCCAUCGGAAAGGUUGGUCUUGGUGUCUGCUAUGAUCUGCGUUUUCCUGAGCUGUCAUCAGCGCUGCAGAGACACGGAGCAGAGAUCCUCACUUACCCAUCAGCCUUCACUGUGGCCACAGGAACAGCACACUGGGAGGUUCUUCUGCGGGUGCGGGCGAUCGAGACGCAGUGUUUCGUUCUGGCGGCGGCGCAGGUCGGAGCUCAUCACGCCAAGCGGACGUCGUACGGACACGCGCUGGCGGUGGACCCGUGGGGUGAGGUGAUCGGAGACUGUGGGGGGUCAGACGUGGGCCUGACGCUGGUGCAGAUCGACCUGCAGAGACUACAGGACGUCCGGAGGGACAUGCCAGUGCAGCAGCAUCGCAGAGACAAGGACUUCUACCGCAGCCUGGACUGACUGAUUACAGCACAUUUAUAAAUAGAAUAUAUAAAUGUAGGUUAUAAAUAAUAUGCAAUGUGAUUUACUGUGUAUUUAAUGACUCUGAACUGCUUCUUAAUAAAUUUGACUCAAGUUGGAUCAGAAAUAGCUCAGAAAUCUCCUCAAUAAGUUUACUCUGUCAAGCGUUUCUUUAGUUCUUAAAAAAAGAAAAUAGACAGUCUUGAUUCCAAAUAAAAAGUUGAUAAUAUAUCAGCAUAUUAGAAUGAUUUCUGAAUGAUCAUGUGACACUGCAAACUGGAGUAAUGAUGCUGAAAAUUCAGCUUUGGAUCACAGAAAUAAAUUACAUUUUAAAGGAUAUUGAAAUAGAAAACUUUUUUUUAAAUUGCAAUAAUAUUUCAUAAUAUUACUUUGUUUCUAUAUUUUUGAUCAAAUAAAAGAGACUUCUUUAAAAAAAAAUAUUAAACAUCUUACUGAUCCCAAACUAAACAUAAGUGUAAUAG